GUUGGCACUGCGAACAACGCUCCGCCAACGCAACCAAAACGCGACUUCAUGGUCCAGGGUUUUGUUGAUUAUCGAUUAUCAAUUAUUCUCCAGGUGUAUUGCCUAAAACAAAGAAGAAACGACAAGGAUGGCUUUGUGCAUUCCACUGUCUAAGAUCUUUGUCCUCGAACAUACUUAAGUCGACUCUCUCUCUCUCCACUUGGCUCUAGCAAAUAACAUGCAGACAGGUAAAGGAGAAGCCAGCCAACUCGGGAGUCAACGUCCCAGAUGCGCCACGAAACAUCAUGAAUUCACAAGUGGUCAAAACAGUCUGUCUAUUCAUUGUCUAUUUCAAGUGUAUGAUCUGAUGCCAUGUUGACGAUGAACCAGAUUACAGGCCUCGGUCCCCCGCAUUGCAGGAAGCCAAAGCUUGAUCACUCUGCCCUGGAGCUCCAAGACAAGGAGAUCAAUACCGAACAACGUCAACAGUUGGAUAUGGUCUCGCACAAGACCUUGAACCUCGUUGAUUCCGUCAGGGAUAAAACAAAAGACCUUGGCCAGCAGCUUGUGGACAAGCAGGACAAAAUCCCUGAAUCGGCGAACCUGGACAAAGGACUUGGAUCGGCUCUCGCGCGCUUACCAGAUGACGUCUUAUCCAAGAUAUUUGACUACCAUCUCAUGGAUAGCGACCAUUUGAACCGCAGGUCGGAUCCGUCUCCUAUGCAGUUGGCCAGAGUAUGCCGACGAUGGAGGGACGUUGCUGUGGGCAUGGCCAAAUUGUGGUGCAAACUCUCUUUUUACGUUGACGAUGACCGCAAGGAAUGGAAGCGGUCAGCUUUCUACUAUGAUUCAUGGCUCAAGCGAUCACAAGACCGUCCGCUCUCAUUACAACUCCGCCCUGGAUAUGCCGAAGGUGGGACGGCCAAACUACGACGCCUUGUUCAACCUUACAUGAGCCGAGUCUCAUCUCUUGAUAUCACAUUCUGGGACGACCUAGAACCAGAACCUUUGCUAACAGACCUCCCUGCAGCACUUCGGAAGCUUACCGUAUGCUUUGGCGACUGGUUCGAUGCUUCAGCCACUGCACAAUCUCUCUCGCAACUGCCAUCUACUGUGCGUAGCCUCAAGAUCCUAGAUCGGACAUUCGGACCGGACUGUUUACUUUCUCUCAAUCCUGUAUGGGCCCACCUGACGCACGUCGAAAUCGCAAUUCGUCCACGAAAUGUGCUUCAUUUCCUCGCUCUAUGUCCCAACCUCUCCUCGUGCGAGCUCAUCCUAGGUCAACCAGCGUUCAUGUCCCCACGGGUACAGUGCAUGAGAUUCACACACGCGAAUCUUCAAUCAUUGCGCUUCAUUUGUCCCGGGUACUUCGAAACUAACCCACUCCCGGUACUGUUCAAUGCAAUCACGCUCCCCAAGUUGCGCAGCCCUCGAGAUUUGCUAUGGAUUUUUGUCGUCCCCUCAUCAGGAGUUGGAGGCGUUUCUGGAACGGUCGAAAUGUCCCUGGAGAUCCUGAUUUUCAACGCUGUUGUGACACCACCACCGGACCAGCAGGGCGAUUUCAUUGCUAUCAUUCCUUCCCUUAAAGUAGAAUGUAGGUUGGAUACCGGUACCGAAUAACUAGACUGUUGAUCUAUCCAUACUAAUAUUGUGGGGCGCGACUGCCUUGGCUGCACGGGUAGUGAUAUUAUGUUGUAGUGAGGAUAUCAGUGGUAG